CAUAAAUAAGCAAAUCCAUUCUGGCCAGAGCUUCGACAUUCAAGUUGAUGUUUGUUCGGAUCCAUAAAGUCAUAACAAAACCAGUCAUUCAUUAUUUUACACAACUUUUCUUAUUACGGAAUCUCCGAACAGUCACUUCUAAAAUGUCUUUCCAGUACCCACAUGCUUACCGUGACGAGGCAGUUGCAGAUGACUACCAUGGUAACAAGAUUCCUGACCCGUACAGUUGGCUGGAGGACCCAGACAGCGAGAAGACGCAGGCUUUUGUCAAUGCUCAGAACCAGCUGACGCUGCCCUACCUGGACCGCUGUGAGGUGCGGGAUCUGUUCAAGGAGCGCAUGACGGAGCUCUAUGACUACCCCAAAUACAGCUGCCCCUUCAAGAGGGGGAGCAGGUAUUUCCAUUUCUACAACACGGGCCUCCAGAACCAGAGUGUAAUGUAUGUUCAGGAGAGUCUAGAGGCAGAGCCCACAGUCUUCCUGGACCCAAACACUUUCUCUGAGGACGGGACUGUCGCUUUACGAGGUUAUGCUUUCUCAGAGGACGGCGAGUACCUGGCAUAUGGCACCAGCGCCAGCGGCUCUGAUUGGGUGGAAAUGCACUUCCUGAGGGUGGAGGGGGCCGUGGCCCUAAAUGACCGGCUGGAGAGGGUGAAGUUCAGCUGCAUGUCCUGGACCCAUGACGGCAAGGGCCUCUUCUACAACUCCUACCCCAAGCAGGAGGGCAAAAGUGACGGCACUGAGACGUCCACGAACCUGCACCAGAAGCUCUACUUCCACGUGUUGGGGACCCCCCAGUCUCAGGACUGCCUGUGUGCCGAGUUCCCCGAACACCCUAAGUGGAUGAGUGGGGUUGAGGUGUCAGAUGACGGGCGCUACGUACUGCUGUCCAUCAGGAAGGGCUGUGACCCGGUCAACCGGCUGUGGUACUGUGACCUUCAAACCACUCUUCAGGGUAUCACAGGCCUGUUGCCGUGGGUGAAGCUGAUAGACAACUUUGAUGCGGAGUACGAGUAUGUGACCAACGAGGGCACGGUGUUCACCUUCAAGACCAACCUGGUGGCCCCGCGUUACCGUCUCAUCAACAUCGAUUUCGCCCAGCCCGCCCAGGCCAACUGGAAGGAGCUCAUCCCCCAGCACGACAAGGACGUCAUCGUGUUUGCCACCUGUACCUACAACAGCCUCCUCUUUGUGUGUUUCCUGCACGACGUGAAGAACGUGCUGAAGAUGUACCGUCUGAGCUCGGGGGAGGAGCUCAGGACCUUCUCUCUGGACGUGGGCUCUGUGGUGGGCUUCACCGGACGCAAGAGAGACUCUGAGAUCUUCUACUACUUCACCUCCUUUCUGUCGCCAGCCAUCAUCUACCACUGUGACCUGACCAAGGAGCCCCUGCAACCCCACGUGUUCCGCGAGGUCACCGUCAAAGGCUUUGACCCCUCCGACUACCAAACCACUCAGGUAUUCUACCCUAGUAAGGACGGCACAGAGAUCCCCAUGUUCAUCGUCCAUAAGAAGGGCCUGAAGCUGGACGGCUCUCACCCUGCCUUUCUCUACGGCUACGGAGGGUUCAACAUCUCAAUCACUCCCAGCUACAGUGUAUCACGGCUGAUCUUUGUCCGACACAUGGGAGGAGUCCUGGCUGUGGCCAACAUCAGAGGAGGGGGGGAGUACGGAGAGACCUGGCACAAAGCGGGCAUGCUGGCCAAAAAGCAAAACUGCUUCACAGACUUCCAGUGUGCAGCAGAGUACCUCAUCAAGGAGGGCUACUCGUCCCCCUCCAAACUCACCAUCAACGGAGGGUCCAACGGAGGCCUGCUCGUGGCAGCGUGUGUGAACCAGCGGCCAGAGCUGUUCGGCUGUGCCGUGGCCCAGGUGGGCGUCAUGGACAUGCUCAAGUUCCACAAGUUCACCAUCGGCCACGCCUGGACCACUGACUUCGGCUGCUGUGAGGUCAAGGAGCAGUUUGACUGGCUCAUCGAGUACUCCCCGCUCCACAACAUACGCGUGCCCGAGGGGGAGGGCGUCCAGUACCCCGCUGUCCUCCUCCUCACGGGUGACCACGAUGACCGAGUGGUCCCCCUACACUCCCUGAAGUACAUCGCCACACUGCAGCACGUGGUGGGCCGCUGGUCAGGUCAGAGCAAUCCACUGUUCAUCCACGUGGAUACAAAGUCGGGCCAUGGCGCCGGAAAGCCCACCAGAAAGGUCAUCCAGGAGGUGGCCGACACAUACGCCUUCAUCGCCCGCUGCCUCAGCCUCUCCUGGGUCAAAUGAAGAGGGGGGGGGGGUUCCCUGGAAGUCUGUUUCUAGGGGAAGUGUCUCUAUCGGUGUCUUAGAAGUUUCUUACUCGUUCUCGUUAUUUUUUUAAAAUGAUCACUAAUCUUUUUGUUCAGCUGUUCUCCUUCCUUCAUCAUCACUACUGAUUUAUUCCUGAGCAGUAAUCAAUCUCUUCCUACCCGGUUGUCUGGCCUGUAUUAACCACCCCUCUCUCUCUAACUGGUUCUCCCUUCCCAGUGUAUGCUUGCUUUGGGCAUGGGCUCCAGGUCAGCCAGACUAUAAAGUUACCCCCCCACCCCCAUGGGCCAGCCCCAGGACUUACCCCCGGUCUCCACUCCUCACCUCUCUUUCAAGCGAUUCACUAUAUAGAUCUAGAAGAAGAAAAACACAUCUCUGAAUAAGCUUUGUUGUACAAUUUAAAGGUCAAAUCCACUGCAUUUAAAACAGUCAAAUAAUUUAAUGAAUUUAGAGUUUGUGUAAUUAUACCGAGGCUGAAUAUAUUCCUUCCACAACCAUAAGACCCACUAAUCAUUACUUCAUCAAAAUAGUUGUACCUGCUUUAUUUUCUUCUAUAAUCACGGAUCUGGCUUUCAGGUGUGUCUAUAAAAAUGAACUUUUUGUUGCAAAUGUAACCAUACCCUGAGAAUACCCUGACUAACUGCUUGCCCUCAAACUCUACAGACACAGUGAUUCCUGGGCUCUGUCCUGAGCUCUGGCAGCUCCAUCCGCUCAUAGCGGGACUGGAAAGCAUAAUCAUACACAUUCACUAAUAAUGUAGCAGGUACUCUAGAAAAUGAACACCGGUCUCAAGCACAAGGACACGUGCUAGUUAGUGCCCAGCUAAUAUUUAUAUUUCUAGUUCAGCAAACUUGGAUCGAGGUAUAAUUUCACUAGCUCUGGAUUCAGCUAACAAGGAGAACAGGUAAAGUGUAAUGAACUGUCCAUCUCCAACUGUUUGAACAGCAUGCUAGCCUGUCCACUUUGUUCAGAUGUUGGAAUCAAGUGGCCUACUUUAUCUCUGAAUGAAAACGAGAUGACAAUUCCUUCAUUGUUUUAUGCUUAUUGCACAUUUAUAAAACAGACUAGACAGCUGGUGUAAGUCUUUAUUUUACUAAAAUACUGCUAGUGAUAUGUGGUACCAUAAUGAGCUUGCGACAAACUGAGCGUUCAUUUUCCAGGUGAAGGUUCAUUGGUAAAUUUGUUUUAGUAGUGUCUGCUCUGCUCAAAAUCUGAUGAGUUGAAACAUAAACAGGGUUUCAUUAGAAAGGUUCAUUUCUCUAUUACAGUAUAAUAAUUUCUCCAUGUGUUGUGGUGUCCAUAUGAUCCAUUCUGUUGGACCAAACCUCAAAUGCAAAUAGAGAGUUGAAACCGUUUGUCAGUGAAGAAGUGGUGAUCUCUCAUCUUUAUUGUUGUGUGUGGUAGGGGCUUGGGAGAAAGAGGCGAAGCCAGAGGUGUCACUCCAAUCUCCAAGCCCUAUGCGCUUAUUUUGAACUUAAGCUUGUCACCUGCCUUCCCGCCUUUGGGACAACGACUCCCAUUGUUAAGGUGGAAACAUGAGCAUCUAGUCAUUAUAUACAGAUAUCUGGUGUAAAUGUACACAGCACAGAAGGAGUGAAUGAGACGAAGAGGACAUAAACGCUCAUAAAAACAAAGAAUAUGAAAAAACUUGGACCAGCCUCAGGACUUACCCCUGUCUCCACCCCUCACCUCUCUGGCCCCAGACUCCCCUACCAAACCUCCCUCUCUUCCCCUAUGAGCCAGCCACAGGACUCACCCCCCUGUCUCCACCCCUCACCUCUCUGGCCCCAGACUCCCCUACCAAACCUCCCUCUCUUCCCCUAUGAGCCAGCCACAGGACUCACCCCCCUGUCUCCACCCCUCACCUCUCUGACCCCAGACUCCCCUACCAAACCUCCCUCUCUUCCCCUAUGAGCCAGCCACAGGACGUACCCCCUGUCUCCACCCCUCACCUCUCUGGCCCCAGACUCCCUACCAAACCUCCCUCUCUUCCCCUAUGAGCCAGCCACAGGACGUACCCCCCUGUCUCCACCCUUCACCUCUCUGGCCCCAGACUCCCCUACCAAACCUCCCUCUCUUCCCCUAUGAGCCAGCCACAGGACUCACCCCCCUGUCUCCACCCCUCACCUCUCUGACCCCAGACUCCCCUACCAAACCUCCCUCUCUACCCCUAUGAGCCAGCCACAGGACUCACCCCCCUGUCUCCACCCCUCACCUCUCUGACCCCAGACUCCCCUACCAACCCUCCCUCUCUUCCCCUAUGAGCCAGCCACAGGACUCACCCCCCUGUCUCCACCCCUCACCUCUCUGACCCCAGACUCCCCUACCAAACCUCCCUCUCUUCCCCUAUGAGCCAGCCACAGGACGUACCCCCCUGUCUCCACCCCUCACCUCUCUGACCCCAGACUCCCCUACCAAACCUCCCUCUCUUCCCCUAUGAGCCAGCCACAGGACUCACCCCCUGUCUCCACCCCUCACCUCUCUGACCCCAGACUCCCCUACCAAACCUCCCUCUCUUCCCCUAUGAGCCAGCCACAGGACGUACCCCCCUGUCUCCACCCCUCACCUCUCUGGCCCCAGACUCCCCCACCAACCCAACCCCAGGACUUGCACCCCCCCCCCAUGAGCCAGCUCCAGGACUCAGCUCUUCCUCAUGAGUCAUUCUCCUGUAUUGUCUCUCUAAUAGGUAAAACCUUGUUAAAGUGUUAGUUCAAUGUUGAGAGAUGGGUGAUACAUGGUUGGACUUAACUUGAACUGUAUAGUUUUAUCAGCCUAGAGGUCAAGGAUCAAGUCUGCAAAGGUCCUCAGUCGGGGAACAUGAGAUGAAAUGGCACCCAAUUGGUGCUCCCCCUACCACCACAAACACGGACAAUUGUAUGUGUUUAUCAAUUGGAAGGCUGUUUGUCAGUAGGUUAUUGAUUUCAGCACUCUUCAGUGUUAGCGUGAAUGAUGAUAGAUUUAGGUCGUUUUGUGUUUAGGAGGACUAAUGCAGAGAGUGUGUGUGUGUGUGUCUCUGAUAUUAAUUUCUACCUCUUGGCAUGCUGAUUGUUAGUUUACCUAAUAAAGAGACAUAAACAACAACAAUGUACUACAAUGCCACAACUUCAAUAAAGUGUUUUUUUGAACAGUG